AUGAUCAAAGAACAGCUUACACCUGUUUUCGACACGGCAUUCUCUUCUUCCUUCAAGUCCUUGGAAGUGAUCUCAUUCAGUGGCAUCUGUUGGGAUAACUUCUGUAUCGACAACAGCAGCGUCUACAACAGCUGCUCCAACAACUACUGGACCUACAGCUGUCGCAUCUACAACUGCUGCUCCAACAACAGCAGCACCUACAACUGCUUCUCUAACAACUGCUUCACCUACAACUGCUGCACCCACAACUGCAGCCCCGACGACUGCUGCACCGACAACAGCAGCACCUACAACUGCUGGUCCAACAACAGCAGCACCUACAACUGCUGCUCUGACAACUGCUUCACCUACAACUGCUGCACCCACAACUGCAGCCCCGACAACUGCUGCACCGACAACAGCAGCACCCACAACAGCAGCACCUACAACUGCUGCACCCACAACAGCAGCAACUACAACAGCUGCAGCCACAACUGUUGCACCCACAACUGCUUCACCUACAACUGCUGCUCUAACAACUGCUGCACCUACAACUGCUGCUCUAACAACUGCUGCACCUACAACUGCUGCUCCAACAACAGCAGCACCUACAACUGCUUCUCUAACAACUGCUUCACCUAUAACUGCUGCACCCACAACUGCAGCCCCGACGACUGCUGCACCGACAACAGCAGCACCUACAACCGCUGCAGCCACAACUGCUGCACCCACAACUGCUGCACCUACAACUGCUGCUCCAACAACUGCUGCACCUUCAACUGCAGCAACUACAACUGCAGCAACUACAACUGCUGCACCUACAACUGCUGCUCCAACAACGGCAGCACCUACAACUGCUUCUCUAACAACUGCUUCACCUAUAACUGCUGCACCCACAACUGCAGCCCCGACGACUGCUGCACCGACAACAGCAGCACCUACAACCGCUGGUCCAACAACAGCAGCACCUACAACUGCUGCUCUGACAACUGCUUCACCUACAACUGCUGCACCCACAACUGCAGCCCCGACAACUGCUGCACCGACAACAGCAGCACCCACAACAGCAGCACCUACAACUGCUGCACCCACAACAGCACGUGCUGUGAGCACAACUGCACUUGCUGCAACUACAACUACCAUUGCUGCAACUACAAGGGCUUCUACAACUACAACUACCAGUGCUCUGAAUACGACUAUCAUUGCUGCAACUACAAAGGCUGCUACAACUACAACUACCAGUGCUGCAACUACAAGGGCUUCUACAACUACAACUACCAGUGCUCCGAAUACGACUAUCAUUGCUGCAACUACAAAGGCUGCUACAACUACAACUACCAGUGCUGCAACUACAAGGGCUGCUACAACUACAACUACCAGUGCUCCGAAUACGACUAUCAUUGCUGCAACUACAAAGGCUUCUACAACUACAACUACCAGUGCUCUGAAUACGACUAUCAUUGCUGCAACUACAAAGGCUGCUACAUCUACAACUACCAGUGCUCCAACUACAAGGGCUGCUACAACUACAACUACCAGUGCUCCGAAUACGACUAUCAUUGCUGCAACUACAAAGGCUGCUACAACUACAACUACCAGUGCUCCAACUACAAGGGCUUCUACAACUACAACUACCAGUGCUCCGAAUACGACUAUCAUUGCUGCAACUACAAAGGCUGCUACAACUACAACUACCAGUGCUGCAACUACAAGGGCUGCUACAACUACAACUACCAGUGCUCCGAAUACGACUAUCAUUGCUGCAACUACAAAGGCUUCUACAACUACAACUAUCAGUGCUCCGAAUACGACUAUCAUUGCUGCAACUACAAAGGCUGCUACAACUACAACUACCAGUGCUGCAACUACAAGGGCUGCUACAACUACAACUACCAGUGCUCCGAAUACGACUAUCAUUGCUGCAACUACAAAGGCUUCUACAACUACAACUACCAGUGCUCUGAAUACGACUAUCAUUGCUGCAACUACAAAGGCUUCUACAACUACAACUACCAGUGCUCCGAAUACGACUAUCAUUGCUGCAACUACAAAGGCUUCUACAACUACAACUACCAGUGCUGCAACUACAAGGGCUUCUACAACUACAACUACCAGUGCUCCGAAUACGACUAUCAUUGCUGCAACUACAAAGGCUGCUACAUCUACAACUACCAGUGCUCUGAAUACGACUAUCAUUGCUGCAACUACAAAGGCUGCUACAUCUACAACUACCAGUGCUCCGAAUACGACUAUCAUUGCUGCAACUACAAAGGCUGCUACAACUACAACUACCAGUGCUCCGAAUACGACUAUCAAUGCUGCAACUACAAAGGCUUCUACAACUACAACUACCAGUGCUCCGAAUACGACUAUCAUUGCUGCAACUACAAAGGCUUCUACAACUACAACUACCAGUGCUCCGAAUACAACUAUCAUUGCUGCAACUACAAAGGCUGCUACAACUACAACUACCAGUGCUGCAACUACAAGGGCUGCUACAACUACAACUACCAGUGCUCCGAAUACGACUAUCAUUGCUGCAACUACAAAGGCUUCUACAACUACAACUACCAGUGCUCUGAAUACGACUAUCAUUGCUGCAACUACAAAGGCUUCUACAACUACAACUACCAGUGCUCCGAAUACGACUAUCAUUGCUGCAACUACAAAGGCUGCUACAUCUACAACUACCAGUGCUCCGAAUACGACUAUCAUUGCUGCAACUACAAAGGUUUCUACAACUACAACUACCAGUGCUGCAACUACAAGGGCUUCUACAACUACAACUACCAGUGCUCCGAAUACGACUAUCAUUGCUGCAACUACAAAGGCUGCUACAUCUACAACUACCAGUGCUCUGAAUACGACUAUCAUUGCUGCAACUACAAAGGCUGCUACAUCUACAACUACCAGUGCUCCGAAUACGACUAUCAUUGCUGCAACUACAAAGGCUGCUACAACUACAACUACCAGUGCUCCGAAUACGACUAUCAUUGCUGCAACUACAAAGGCUGCUACAUCUACAACUACCAGUGCUCCGAAUACGACUAUCAUUGCUGCAACUACAAAGGCUGCUACAUCUACAACUACCAGUGCUCCGAAUACGACUAUCAUUGCUGCAACUACAAAGGCUGCUACAUCUACAACUACCAGUGCUCUGAAUACGACUAUCAUUGCUGCAACUACAAAGGCUGCCUACACUACAACUACCAGUGCUCCGAAUACGACUAUCAUUGCUGCAACUACAAAGGCUUCUACAACUACAACUACCAGCUCUACAACUACAACUACCAGUGCUCUGAAUACGACUAUCAAUGCUGCAACUACAAAGGCUGCUACAUCUACAACUACCAGUGCUCCGAAUACGACUAUCAUUGCUGCAACUACAAAGGCUGCUACAUCUACAACUACCAGUGCUCCGAAUACGACUAUCAUUGCUGCAACUACAAAGGCUUCUACAACUACAACUACCAGUGCUCUGAAUACGACUAUCAAUGCUGCAACUACAAAGGCUGCUACAACUACAACUACCAGUGCUCCGAAUACGACUAUCAUUGCUGCAACUACAAAGGCUUCUACAACUACAACUACCAGUGCUCCGAAUACGACUAUCAUUGCUGCAACUACAAAGGCUUCUACAACUACAACUACCAGUGCUCUGAAUACGACUAUCAAUGCUGCAACUACAAAGGCUGCUACAUCUACAACUACCAGUGCUCCGAAUACGACUAUCAUUGCUGCAACUACAAAGGCUGCUACAUCUACAACUACCAGUGCUCCGAAUACGACUAUCAUUGCUGCAACUACAAAGGCUGCUACAACUACAACUACCAGUGCUCCGAAUACGACUAUCAUUGCUGCAACUUCAAAGGCUUCUACAACUACAACUACCAGUGCUCCGAAUACGACUAUCAUUGCUGCAACUACAAAGGCUUCUACAACUACAACUACUAGCGCUGCAACUACAAGGGCUGCAACAACUACAACUACCAGUGCUCCGAAUACGACUAUCAUUGCUGCAACUACAAAGGCUGCUACAACUACAACUAUCAGUGCUCCAACUACAAAGGCUGCUACAACUACAACUACUGGUGCUCCAACUACAAAGGCUGCUACAACUACAACUACCAGUGCUCCAACUACAGCUGUCAUUGCUGCAACUAAUAGUGCUGCAACUACAAGGGCUUCUACAACCACAACCACAACAACUCCUACAACAACUAAAACUACAGCUUCUACAAUUGCUGAGGAAGUCACAACAAGGCGAUUGACUUUCAGAUCUGUUAGAGAUACAUUUACAAGUGAUCUGCUGAAUAGAUCAUCUGCAGCGUUUAGGAAACGAGCCUCUCUAAUAGAGGAAACACUUAGACCUGUUUACCAACAAUUGCCUUCAUUCCGCUCCUUGACGGUGGUUUCUUUCCGUAAUGGAUCAAUCUCCACCACCAUGAAUCUUUCAUUUGCAGCCACAUCGUUUCCGGAUGACCCUUUGAUUGCAAAGGUUUUGGUUGAUGCAGCUUCAAACAUCACAGCCUUCGACAUUGAACCUGCCUCCAUUACUGUGGUUGACCCACCCCCAACAACUGCUGCGCCCACAACAGCAGCGCCUUCAACUGCUGCUCCAACAACUGCUACACCUUCGACUAAUGCACCCACGACUGCUGCACCCACGACUGCUGCAUCGACAACUGCUGCACCUACAACUGCUGCUCUAACAACUGCUGCACAGACAACAGCAGCACCUACAACUGUCGCUCUAACAACUGCUGCACCCACAACAGCAGCACCUGCAACUGCUGCACCCAC